AUGGCAGAGGCCUUGGUGAGAAGUGCCAAUGUUUUUCCCUCCAAAUCUUUCGGGAAUACUUCAUCCGAUCAUCUUCAUCGUCGCCGCCAGGUGGGCUUUUUUCUUUUCCGCAAGAAACCAUCUCCGGUGACAUACCGGAGCUUGACUCUCCGAUUGGCGCCAGCUCAAUCAUCCUCAAACAGCUUUAGUUAUUCCUUUUCCGGUGGGAAAUGGGCCAAGCGCUGCUCCAAUCAAUCAAGGUCGUCUUCUUCCUUUUCCAUUUCUGCCCAGAUGAAGACUGGAAUUAUUGGAAUUGGGAAAGGUCAAAAAUGGUGGGAGAAAGGUCUUCAACCUAACAUGAAGGAGGUUUUGGGUGCCCAGGAUCUCGUGGAUUCCCUUUUGAACGCUGGGGAUAAGCUUGUUGUUGUUGAUUUCUUUUCCCCUGGUUGUGGUGGUUGCAAAGCUCUUCAUCCCAAGAUAUGCCAGUUGGCGGGUCAGAACCCGGAUGUGCUGUUCCUUCAGGUGAAUUACGAGACACACAAGUCUAUGUGUUACUCUCUCAAUGUUCAUGUCCUUCCCUUCUUCCGUUUCUACAGAGGCGCUCAUGGACGUCUUUGCAGCUUUAGCUGCACUAACGCUACGAUUAAGAAAUUCAAAGAUGCAUUGGCAAAGUACGGUGGUGAUUUCUGUAGCCUUGGCCCAACUAAAGGCCUUGAGGAGAAGGAAUUACUUGCCCUUGCCGCCAACAAAGACCUUUCGUUUACCUACAAACCCAAGCCUGAGCUAGAGGCCAUGCCCGAGCCCACGUUAGUUGUUGCUCCAGGGCAAGAGAAGAUCUUAUCCUCAGUCCAUUCUGAACACCACCCACUUCCUCUUCCAAUUCCACUUACAUCCGAUAGUACAGGAUUACAUUCAUAUUCUUCAUUAUCGCGGGGAUGA